CAAACCAGCGCUGAAAACACAUAUUCAUUUCUGAAUCUUCAACGCAAACCAUGUCUAAGAUUCAUACUAUUGUUAAUGACCUUCGUAAUGGCCUUGGUGCCAUCCGCCUGCGUUCUGAUGUCAAGAAAGUGACAUUGAUGUUUUCUCGGAAAUCUGAUAAUGCUGGCGCCAGAUACUUUUUGCGUGAAAACUUACCAAGGAUCCAGUAUAACAAUCCUACUAUUCAGAUCGAAGUAAAGAAAGUUAAGGAGCCUGGUGUCAGCCCUGAGUUGACCGUUGAGUUUGCUAACAAUGAGAUCAAGAAAAUUCCUUGCUCCAGGACACAGUCUAGUGAAAUCUGUAAGCAGUUCCUGAGCGUCACUACUGAGGGUUCAGCAUCAGCAUAAAGGAAGACAGGGUUAAAAAUAAAAAAUUAAAAGACGCAUUUGAUAAAGAA